AUUCAGAGAAAGAAAAAAAACACAGUAGAGAGAGAGAGAGAGAGAGAAUGAGAUCUGAAGCAGGUGAAUUAGGAAAGGAAGUAAAAAGGAAGGCAAUGGAGACGUCUUCUUCUUCUUCUUCAUCUUCUUCAUCAUCAAGAGUGAAGAAAUUCCUUCCAUGGUCAUUAUUUGCAAUCCUACCGUUAGCCCUGUUUCAUCUUUAUUUCCAUUCAGUCCCUCUCUCUCAACAACAACUUCUUACAACGACUCAUCAUCUCUCCAAUUCUCAUCAACAAUCCAUUACACCUCCAAAAGAAAAUGGGGGAGGACCAGAUGAUGACGAUAAGGUUAAGUGCGAUUACACAAAUGGCAAAUGGGUCCCUGAAAAGAGAGAAACUUUGUAUAACGGCACCAACUGCAGCAAUACAAUUAGCUAUGGCCAGAACUGUAUGAUCAACGGCCGCCCAGAUUCCGGCUACCUCCACUGGAGAUGGCAACCCCAUCAGAUCCAAUGCCGAUUCCCCAUUUUCAACCCACAUGAAUUCCUGUCCUUAACAAGAAACAAGCAUUUGGCUUUCGUAGGAGAUUCCCUCUCCAGGAAUCAAAUUGAAUCCUUAAUCUGCAUGUUAACUACUGUCUCUGUCCCCGUUCGUGUUUACGACAUUCUCAACGCUUUCAUGUUUCGCCGAUGGGAAUUUUCUUCUCAUAAUUUAACUGUUUCCAGUUACUGGUCUCCGUUUUUGGUUAAGGCAAAUGAGAAAAACGCGUCUAAGUAUUACAGUGAGUUGUUUCUGGAAUCUGUUGAUGAAAAAUGGGCGGAGGAAUUGGAUAAAUUCGAUAUGGUUCUUUUCAUGGCGGGUCAAUGGCUUAUGACUCCGGCGGUUUAUUAUUAUAACGGGUCGGUUAUCGGUUGUCAUUUGAGUACGGAUCAGAACUGCACCGAGGUGGGUUUCUACGACGCGUUUGGGAAGAUGAUUAAGACAACGUUGGAGACCGUAAUCGGGAGGCGUUCUGGAAACGCUAGAUCGCUGGAUGUAAUCGUGACGACGUAUCCUCCGGCGCAUUUUGAGGGACAAUGGGAUAAAUUCGGGGCGUGCCCGAAAACAAGGCCCUUUAAGGAAGGGGAAAAGGCGUUAGGUGAUGUGGAAUUUCAAAUGAGGAGAGUUGAGAUGAUAGAAGUUGAGGCGGCGAAGAUAAGGGUUCAGGAGUCGGCGCCGUCGCCUUCGUCGUCGUCGGGGAAGAUACGGGUGGAGGCGCUGGAUAUCACAAAGUUGUCGUGGAUGCGGCCUGAUGCUCAUCCGGGUCCGUAUAUGAACAAGAACCCGUUUUCAAAAGGGAUAAAAGAUAAGGUGGCUAAUGACUGUCUCCAUUGGUGCUUGCCCGGUCCGACUGAUACUUGGAAUGAGAUACUACUAGAGACCAUUAAGAAAUGGACUCACAAAAUCAAAGUUUAGAUUAGAUUAGGGUUCAUAUAUUGAUCUAGUUAAAUACUAAUAGGUUCUAAAAAUUCUAUCAAAAA